CGAAGAGCGGAGUUCGGAGCCGCCACACCGGCCACACGUAGUCAUGGCGCCGUCCAUGUAGUGUAGUGUUAGACGGAAAAAUCACUAGUCAGAGGAAAUGUGACUGUCAAGUAUGACUCCAUGGGUUUGUUCGACAGCUAUACGACCAAUAGUUGCCUCAGCGCGACGUUAUGGUCGUUUAUGCUGGCAGUCACGUAUGUGGGAAGCCUGUAUAUAUGGCGAACGAAGGAUCAUAGAGACCAUCCCUCAACUAUAAAGAGGAGAUUUGUUAGCGUAUUUAUAAUUAUAUGCAUAUCACCCCUUUUCGUCACCUUUGGAGCUGACCUACACCAUUUUAAGCAGGGUACGAGGAUUUCAUCCCUCCUUGGAUUACGUUCUACAGGAUGGAUUCAAGCUGCAAUCCUGCCUCUUUUCCUUACCAUGGUUCUUUUUGCUGGUCCCCUGGCUGUGCAUUAUUGUGAUGGUGUUUGGAGUCUUUACUUAGAACCAAGAUAUUGGUACUCAAAUCUGAAAAACCUGAUCUGGAUACGCAAUCACGUUGUGGCACCUUUUUCUGAAGAGUUCACUUUCCGUGCGUGUAUGCUGCCGAUACUUGUGCCUUGCCUCGGUGAACGCUCUGCCGUUAUCAUUGGCCCGCUCUUCUUUGGAGUAGCUCACUUUCACCAUCUCAUUGAAAAAAUGACAAGAACAUCGAACAUGAAGUUUGCAAUCAUGCAGUCGCUCUUCCAGUUUGCCUAUACAACAAUAUUUGGUGCCUACUCUGUCUACCUUUUUCUACGAACUGGUCACUUCAUCGCACCUUUUAUAGCCCAUGCCUUCUGCAACCACAUGGGCUUUCCAGACUUUGGGGAAGUUUUUAGCUACAAGCAACCAACGCUAACAUUUCUCCUUCUGGCAUUUGCUGUUGGUCUGGUUGGGUGGUUAUUACUUGCAGAGCCCCUCACAAGCCCAUGGUUGUACGGGAAUGACAUUUACACUUUGUGAUAUACAAACGAGAAGUAGAGUAAAUACCGCAAUCUAUGACUAGAGAAAGCACCGUAUUGUAAUGCCACUGAAUGCCUUUGCUGGUCUCAUAUUUUAGGGUUUAUGACUCGGUUCGACAAGAUGCAUCGCACUAGAGAUUUGCUGUCGCACGCUCAUUGGCUGCAAGCCAUAAUGUCUUGUGUCAAAUCACCACUCUAGACUGUUGAUGUUAUGUUUUCAUGUAGUACAGAGAUUGUUCUACCUGCCUACCUGGAGUCAUUGUGCAUGUCAGGCUGAAAACGCAGUUGUGAGAGCCAUGAAGCUAUACGAUAACAGUUCUUACUGCUACGUGAUGUGAGAUGCGCUUGUGUAUAGUCCUCAUCUUUUUUUAACUGCAUGUACUGUACGAGUACAGAUAUGUACAUAAUGUUGUGGUGAAAUGGUAUAUGAGGUAAUAAAUAUACCAUAAAUUGA